AUGGCUGAUAAGAUGAAGGAGCAACAGAAAAAACAACAAGAACAAGCAAAGAGACAAGCCACCAAGGAGAAGAAUCUUGCUGAGAAGCAACAAGCAACAGCUGCAUCUACGAAUAAACGGUCCACAAGAGCAAGUGAGAAAAAAGCUCCAGCUGAUGCAAGUAAAGAAGCCCGGGAUACCCAAGGGAAAAAACCUAGUUCUACGAAGCUACCCACGCGAGGAUCAUCUGGGAAAGCUACAAAAGCAUCCAAAGGCGAUAUCACGAACUGCUGA